AUGGAGCAGCCCGGGGCGGCGGCGGCGGCGGGCGCGGGAGGCAGCGGCGAGGAGCCCGGUGGGGGCCGAAGCAACAAGCGGAGCGCGGGGAGCCGGGCCGCCAACGAAGAGGAAACGAAAAACAAACCUAAAUUGAACAUUCAAAUAAAAACUUUGGCAGAUGAUGUGCGUGACCGAAUUACAAGUUUCAGAAAAUCUACUGUAAAAAAGGAAAAGCUUCUUAUCCAACAUCCUCUUGAUUCUCAAGUUGUGAUGAAUGAGUUUCCAGCUGCUCAGCCAUUAUAUGAUGAACGAUCUUUGAAUUUGUCCGAAAAGGAAGUACUGGAUUUAUUUGAAAAAAUGAUGGAGGACAUGAACCUUAAUGAAGAGCGAAAAGCUCCUUUACGAAACAAAGAUUUUACCACCAAGCGUGAGAUGGUCGUCCAGUAUAUUUCUGCUACUGCCAAAUCUAUAGUUGGAAGUAAAGUUACGGGAGGACUGAAAAACAGCAAACAUGAAUGCACCCUGUCUUCACAAGAAUAUGUUCAUGAAUUACGAUCUGGUAUUUCUGAUGAGAAACUUCUUAACUGCCUAGAAUCUCUGAGGGUUUCUUUAACCAGCAAUCCUGUCAGCUGGGUUAACAACUUUGGCCAUGAAGGUCUUGGACUCUUGUUGGAUGUGCUGGAAAAGCUUCUGGACAAGAAACAGCAAGAAAAUAUUGACAAGAAGAAUCAGUAUAAACUUAUUCAGUGCCUCAAAGCAUUUAUGAACAAUAAGUUUGGAUUACAAAGGAUUCUAGGAGAUGAAAGAAGUCUUUUACUCCUAGCAAGAGCAAUUGACCCCAAACAACCCAACAUGAUGACUGAAAUAGUAAAAAUACUUUCAGCUAUUUGCAUUGUUGGAGAAGACAACAUUCUAGAUAAACUUUUAGGGGCUAUAACUACAGCAGCAGAACGAAAUAACAGAGAACGAUUUUCACCAAUUGUGGAAGGAUUACAAAACCAUGAAGCUUUGCAAUUACAGGUGGCCUGCAUGCAGUUUAUAAAUGCGCUUGUCACAUCUCCUUAUGAGCUUGAUUUUCGAAUACAUUUAAGGAAUGAAUUCCUUCGUUCAGGACUAAAAACAAUGUUACCAGAUUUGAAAGAAAAAGAGAAUGAUGAGCUUGAUAUUCAGUUGAAAGUAUUUGAUGAGAACAAAGAGGACGACCUAACUGAAUUAUCACACCGUCUCAAUGACAUUCGCGCAGAAAUGGAUGAUAUGAAUGAAGUAUACCAUCUUCUGUAUAAUAUGUUGAAGGACACUGCUGCUGAAAAUUAUUUAUUAUCCAUUCUACAACAUUUUUUGCUCAUCAGAAAUGACUAUUAUAUCAGGCCGCAGUAUUACAAAAUAAUUGAGGAGUGUGUUUCACAGAUAGUGCUGCACUGCAGUGGAAUGGAUCCAGAUUUCAAGUAUAGACAAAGAUUAGACAUUGAUUUGGCUCAUCUGAUAGAUUCUUGUGUGAAUAAGGCAAAAGUUGAAGAAAGUGAACAAAAAGCCGCAGAAUUUUCAAAGAAGUUCGAUGAAGAAUUCACAGCUCGACAGGAAGCUCAAGCUGAGCUUCAAAAAAGAGAAGAAAAAAUCAAAGAACUUGAAAAAGAAAUCCAGCAACUUCGAACCCAGGCACAAGUGGGACCUAGUUCAUCAGGAAUUCCAGGCCCUCCUCCACCACCUCCAUUGCCAGGUGCUGGGCCAUCCCCACCUCCACCUCCACCUCCACCACCUCUGCCCGGAGUAGGUCCCCCUCCUCCACCUCCUUUACCUGGGAUGCCUGGAAUACCACCACCACCGCCACUGUUUGGGGGCCCUCCUCCACCACCUCCCCUCGGAGGAGGUCCUCCACCUCCGGGAAUACUCCUUGAUCUGCCAUAUGGAAUGAAGCAGAAAAAAGUAUAUACACCUGAGGUGUCCAUGAAGAGGAUCAAUUGGUCAAAGAUUGAACCCAAAGAAUUGUCUGAGAAUUGUUUCUGGUUGAAAGUUAAAGAGGAGAAGUUUGAAAAUCCAGAUCUGUUUGCAAAAUUGGCACUGAAUUUUGCUACCCAGAUGAAAGUUCAAAAGAAUGCAGAAGCUUUAGAAGAAAAGAAGACCAUACCUGCAAAGAAGAAAGUGAAAGAGUUGAGAAUUUUGGAUCCCAAAACAGCACAGAAUCUUUCUAUCUUCCUAGGAUCGUAUCGUAUGCCAUAUGAAGAAAUAAAAAACGUCAUUCUGGAGGUUAAUGAAGGCAUGUUGAGUGAGCCCUUAAUUCAGAACCUUGUAAAACAUCUUCCUGAGCAGAAGGUACUCAGUGAGCUAGCAGAGCUGAAGAAUGAGUAUGAUGACCUUUGUGAACCUGAACAGUUUGGAGUUGUGAUGAGCUCAGUGAAAAUGUUGCGGCCUCGUCUCAAUAGCAUUCUUUUCAAGCUCACAUUUGAAGAACAUGUAAACAACAUUAAGCCAAGCAUCAUAGCAGUAACUCUGGCCUGUGAAGAACUGAAGAAAAGUGAAAGCUUUAACAGACUUUUAGAGUUAGUUCUUUUGGUUGGAAACUACAUGAACUCAGGCUCAAGAAAUGCCCAGUCUUUGGGUUUUAAGAUCAACUUUCUCUGUAAGAUCCGAGAUACUAAAUCAGCAGAUCAAAAAACCACCCUCUUGCAUUUUCUUGCUGAAAUUUGUGAGGAAAAUUACCGGGAUAUCCUGAAAUUUACUGAUGAACUGGAGCAUGUAGAAAGUGCAAGCAAAGUUUCAGCUCAAAUUCUCAAGAGCAACCUUGCAGCAAUGGAACAACAAAUUGUUCAUCUGGAACGUGACAUCAAGCGGUUCCCCAAAACAGAAAAUCCCCAUGAUAAGUUUGUGGAAAAGAUGACAAGCUUUGCGAAGAGUGCCAGAGACCAGUAUGAAAAGCUAUUCACCAUGCACAACAACAUGGUAAAGCUCUAUGAGAAUCUUGGAGAAUACUUUAUUUUUGACUCUAAGACUGUGAGCAUAGAAGAAUUCUUUGGUGAUCUCAACAACUUUCGAACUUUGUUCCUGGAAGCAGUGAAAGAAAACAACAAGAGAAAAGAACUGGAAGAGAAGACUAGGAGGGCAAAGCUUGCAAAAGAGAAAGCUGAACAAGAAAAGUUGGAACGCCAGAAGAAAAAGAAACAACUCAUUGAUAUAAACAAAGAGGGUGAUGAGACAGGCGUGAUGGAUAAUCUUCUGGAAGCCCUGCAAUCAGGGGCGGCAUUCCGAGACCGCAGAAAGCGGAUUCCAAGGAAUCCAGUGUUACACUUUCCCUGUUCAACCCCAGUAUCCUUGUUCCUGUCCAAAGACCUCUACUUCACCGUGGUGAGAUAA